UCCUGACAGACAUGGAGACCUCCUCUGAACAGGCUCGCUGGGUUUCCUCCUCCAUGGUAUCAUCAGAGGUGAUGCCCACUUACCCACCUGACUCCAGCUAUAUGGUCCAUACUGAGGAGGGUUCAGUGUACCCCUACACCGAUGCAGAUCACAGCAGCCUGCCCUCUUUGUUCAGCAGCCCUGUCAAUGGUCGUCCAUCUGGAGCAUUUCAAACCAGCUCAGUAUAUCCCGUUUACUCCUCUCCAAUCCUGGGAAACCUGUCCUGGCUGGAAAGUUUGAGCAGCCCCUCUCUAACCAACCUCUUCCCAUCAUCCCCAUCCUCCUGGCACAGCAGUGCGUUUUCCUCAUCCUUCCACGGCUCCACGUCCCUUUCAUCUGCCAGACCGCCUCGUUCUGCCCUUCCCUCCCUUAUCCAGGACCAAAAGGACACCCUCAUUGUGCAGGAUAGCAUGAAAGGAGAGAUGCCGAGUCCUCCUGGAGGUGGGGAGUCGUUUGGCAGUGUGUUUUCCCCUUCAGUGAGCAGUGUGUAUGCGCAGACACACUCCUCGAAAACACACUUGCAGUCACUGAGCCACUACAGUCCUUACGGGAGCUUCACGCAGGACUACAGCAGUUCGCUUCUCUACGCACCCUCGUCCUUCUCACCCAACUUAUGCUGCAAGAUGAAAUUCUCUCCUUUAGAGCCGCGUGAGUGUGUAAACUGUGGGGCCACUGCAACCCCUCUGUGGCGGCGUGAUGGAACGGGACACUACCUCUGCAAUGCCUGCGGUCUGUACCACAAGAUGAACGGACAGAACAGACCCCUCAUCCGACCCAAAAAGAGACUGGUCAUCAGUAAGCGAACAGGAACUCAAUGUGCGAACUGUCAGACCAGCACCACCACGCUGUGGAGACGCAACGCCGGCGGAGAGCCCGUGUGUAACGCUUGCGGACUCUAUUUCAAGCUUCACAAUGUGAACAGACCGCUUGCUAUGAAGAAGGAAGGCAUCCAGACGCGCAACCGUAAGGUGUCCAGCAAGAACAGGAAAGGGAAGAAGUUUAGUGCCACAGAGGAGAAUCUAUAUUUUUCAAAGUAUCCUUCAUCUGAUCAGAAUUUCGACUUGUAUUCUCAGAGUCCAGGAGCUCUGGGCGUCUACAGCCACUCUUGCCAUUCACUGCCGCCCACCGCUGCCUUCCACAGCCACGCCAGCCUGCCCUACCCAUACCACCCACCAGCUGCCAUCUUACCCAGCACGGUGUGACAGGAACCAUGGAAAGCUGGGAAAAGUUGUACAAAACACUCACAACUGCCCAGCCAUGUGUUGAGAUGCUCAGUAAAAACAUACUUGAAAACUUAACAGAUACGGAUGCAUGAAAAAACACGUUGCCCUAAAAAUAUUUGGAUGCUUAAGUCACACAUGAUAUCUGAAUGUCAAAACAUCAAAUCAUGUGCAUUUAUUUUAAAAGAAAGACAAAACAAACACACUUUUCAAAUUUGUUAGAUUUGAAAAGCUUGAAAGAUGAAAAAUAUUGACACUUUGUGCUUGUGAAGCAUUAGUGGAACUUGUCCAUAGUUAGAAAACUACAUGAAAGUUUUGACAAAGGUUUGGGGUCAGUAAGAUAUAUAUUUUUAAGAAAUUAAUACUUCUA